AUGGCAGGCUCUGAAAGUGACGAGGAUGACUCCAAUGAGGUUGUUAUCUCUAUGGAUGGCUUUCAAAGUGAUGGCGAUAUUACCACUUGGCCCGAAUCGCCGUACAGCCAACGCGACGAUACUCGCUGGAGAAAGCUGCUUGCUGAGAACUGGCUCAAAUCACAGGGAAGUUAUGUUGAAGGUGACGAUUACAUCAUUCCUGAACUGCCUGACGGCUAUGCUCUCUUCGACAAACCCCGUAACAACAACCCUUCAAUUAGUGACCCUUUCCUCUUCGGACAUCCCAGCGGACAGUACUUUCAAUCCCAAAUAACCUUCUUCACUCAUUUCUUAUCUCUAGCUCAAGGCAAGCUGAGUGAGUGUCAGUGCAAGCCCUGCAGCAAGAUGGGAGGUACCAAGAAGCCGGCCAGCCCAGGUGCAAAUCGACCUGCUCGUGGCCCUGGUGUUCAUGGCCCUGGUGUUCGUGGUCCUGGUGUUCGUGGUCCUGGACGCCCCAUCGAGGACAAGGAUUCUGAUUACUGGCGUGACUACGUACUCAAGUUGAAGGCCAAAGGCUCCAUCGAUGAACCCAAUGAGCAACCACUGAACUUUGACUGGGCUCUUUCCCAUGAGAUGCUCUCUGACUACUUUAACAAACUUGUUCUCGAUCCGGCCUUUGUUCCUCGCUGUGGUGAGCUCGUGCUUUGUGUUUGGGAAAUGGCGGAUACCUCGAGCCUCCUGCGCAGUCCUGAAAAUGGCCGCCUUGAAAUCUGUGACAAGCACAACCGCUGGUGGGUGCCUGAUUGGCGUGCUGGUGUGGUAACUCAGCCUCCUGAGAGCGAUAUCCGUGUGGCGGAGAUUACUGAGAAUCCUUACACCACUGAAGAGCUGAGUAACCACGGGUUCCGCAUUGAGCUUCUCCCGGAUCCUCUUGGUCUUGACAAGUCAUAUUCCGUUCAGUCCAAGUACCUUCCGCUCCGAUGCAUCAAGCCAUUCAACUCUUGGCAACUCUAUCUGCACAAAGAAUCCCGCGAUAACCUGCACCCUUCAAUCGAGAACGCUCUAACUGUCAUGGCUUCGUGGAGUGUGACACACAAGUUUCACGUCAAGGGCGUCUGGCCCAACAUGGAAAUCGGCUGCAAAGGAGUCUGGGUUGGUGCCGAGCUACUCGCCGUGCAUGAUACCGUUCGUCUCAAACCUCGAAAGUACACCAUUGACGAUCUGCGAGAUGGCAAACUCCGUCAGGUAGAUGAUGUUAUGAUCAUUGACAACAUCAAUCUCGUCCUUACUGACUGCAUUGACGAUCCCACCUCUCCGAAUCUGGCCCAGCAGUACUCCGUGCGCAUCACCGGCAAAAUGUACACAAACAACCCACACCGAAAUCCGAACAGCGACGAGCCACUCAGCAAGCUUCCCCUCCAAGUCAUGACCAACGAAGAAGCAACGGCAACCUUUCGCCAGGUCGGCAUGUCCGCCUACGGUCCCUGGUACCGCGUCGCAGGAGACAAGCCGCCCCGCCUUACAAUCAGCCAGGGCAUGAUCCUCGGCCGCUGCUACGAGCCACUCGCCAUGGACCUGCUCCUCGGCAAACGCGACUUCGGCUACGACCUCAACGGCGUCCUGCACGGCCGCAACUUCUCCGAGGGCGUCGACACACGCAUUGCAGAGGGCAAGACCUGGUUCUGGGGCGACAGCCGGAUCGAAACACUGGGCAUUGUAGAGAUCAAUGGCGUGGAAUGUGACAUGACCGCACCCCAGCGCGAGACACCCGCCAGAUGGCGAGCCAUCUUCAAGAUUCUGAGCGGAGAAGUCACGCCCGCACUGAUCCGACGUGCUGGCAUUCCCCCCACCAUGAAGAGCGCUAGUCGCAACGUUGGUCGUCCCAAGGGUUCCAAGAACAAGAAACCCAAAACUGCCGUGGCGAAGAGUGGUCUCGCGCAGGUCGCUCAGACUAGUAAGCUGGUCAGUUCUGCGAUCGGCACUGCUCCCGAGGAAGAAACUUCUGAUGAUCUUGAAGAUGGGCUGGGCUCUGGUUCUGGACCUGCUAGCCUGCCUUUGGCUGGAGAUGGUUAUGAAAGUGAUUUUGGCCUGUAA